AUGGUUCCCAAAAAAAGAUCCAAGAGGCCGAUGUUGUUGUCGCAUACUCGACCUCCAAUUGCCAAAUCCAAGGAUGCUGCUCUUUCGGCUAAGGCCACUCGCACUCUUAUCCGCUCUCAUCACCGACUUCUCAAAGUUAAGGCGCAAGCGCUAGCAGCCGGCGAUGAAGCCCGAGUUAGCAGUAUCGACGCUCAAAUCCAGGCCAACGGCGGUCUUGAAAGCUAUCAAAUCGCCAGUAAGCUGGGUCAGUCGAUGGACCGUGGCGGUGACUCUAGCAAGGUUCUUAUUGACUGGAUCAAGCCACAAUUGAAACAAUGGAACAAGACUAUUCCAAAGCUUCGAGUUCUUGAGGUUGGAGCUCUGAGCACCAAAAAUGCUUGUUCUAUCAACCCAGCUUUGGAUGUUACGCGCAUCGAUUUGAAUUCCCAAGAGCCUGGCAUAACAAAGCAAGACUUUAUGGAACGGCCUUUGCCCUCCAGCGAUGCUGAACGUUUCAACAUGAUCAGCUUGUCAUUGGUGCUCAACUAUGUCCCAGAUGCUAUUGGCCGGGGUGAAAUGCUCAAACAUUGUGUCAAAUUUUUGACAUCUACCUGCUCUAUUGAAUUCGUUCCUCGGCUUUUCCUAGUGUUGCCGAUUGCAUGUGUGGACAACUCACGCUACCUCAACGAAGAAAGACUGGGAGAGAUCAUGAACUGCUUGGGCUUCCGUCUGACAGAAAGCAAGCGGACCUCCAAGCUAGUCUUCCAUCUUUGGGAACAUACUGGUGACUACUCGCCUAAGCCGUUCAAGAAGGAAGAGUUGAGAUCUGGCAAAACAAGAAAUAACUUCGCUGUCAUUCUCAACAAAAAGUGA